CGGUCCGAGGCAGAGGUGCCCUGGAGCGAAAGAUCCCUCUUUAAAAGAACAUGAAGCCGCACUGGAAAUGAGCCAUUGCACGGCCAUGAGCGGGCGGUACCACCGCGCGGCCCGGGACGGCUUCCUGGACGUGCUGAAGGAGGCGACGCGGAGGGAGCUGAACGCCGAGGACGAGGACGGGAUGACGCCGACCUUAUGGGCCGCUUACCACGGCAACCUGGAGGCGCUGCGGCUGGUCGUGAGCAGAGGAGGUGAUCCAGACAAAUGUGACAUCUGGGGGAACACACCGCUUCAUCUGGCAGCUGCUAACGGCCACCACAACUCUAUGUCCUUCCUGGUUGCUUUCGGUGCCAAUGUGUGGUGUCUGGACAACGACUACCACACCCCCCUGGAUAUGGCUGCCACCAAGGGACACAUGGACUGUGUCCGAUACCUGGACUCCAUUGCUGCCAAGCAGAUCACCCUCAACCCGAAGCUGGUCGGCAAACUCAAAGACCGGGCAUUUCGGGCCACAGAGCGCCGUAUCAAGGAUUGUGAAAAGCUACAGAAGAAACACCAUGAGCGUAUGGAGAAGAAGUUCUUGAAGGAAUCAGCAGCUUUAGACAACUUAGACGCCAUUAGCUUUUCCAGUUACACCAGCAGCAGCACCCUGAGCCGCAAGUUCAACACACUCGCCUCGAGCAUGCCAUACUCACAGGCUACCCUGCAUUCAUCAGCCAAGGGAAAGGCCAAAAUACAGAAAAAGUUGGAGAAGAAGAAGCAGGUUGAUGGAACGUUCAAGAUUUCUGAGGACGGCAGGAAAAGUGCGCGCUCACUGUCAGGCCUGCAGCUGGGCAGUGACGUUAUGUUCCUCAGACAAGGAACCUAUGCCAACCCUAAAGAACAAUCCCGUCCCAAUAUUCGUGACAUGUUUCCCCUUGAAAAUGACAUUGAGACUGCCCCCCGUGCUAUGAGCGACCCAGGCCUCUACGAGGCUGCAUAUUCGGAGAUCAGUGCGGAUUCCGGACGAGAUUCCCUGUUCACCCGACCCGGGCUUGGAACCAUGGUUUUCAGGAGGAACUAUAUGACUGGGAGCUUGUUUGGACUAGAAGGACAGAAUGAAGGGAGUGUUGUAGGAAGUGAACCUGUCGGCCGAGCACCUAACGUCCAUCUGCGUGGACCGCUGCCUCGGCGUACACCCAGCUUUGAUGAGGAUAGCAUCGGUAGUGCAUUGAGCCUGCAUGAGAGAAACCUGGAGGAGUUACUCUGGGGGGACGCUGAGACGGGGCUGGACGAGUACAUGGAGCCCCAAAACAAUCCUCUAGGGACCUUCCUGGCUUCUCAGAGCCUCAGUGAGUUCAUGCCAGUCCUCACAAGGGAAAAGAUUGACCUGGAAGCUCUGCUGCUUUGUUCAGAUCAGGACCUCAUUAACAUUCACAUUCCUUUAGGCCCCAGGAAAAAACUGCUGGAUGCCUGCAAGAAACGUCUGGAUACUCUAGAGGAACCAGAGGCCAUUGUUGACACUGAGCUUUGAAAUUCAGUCUGUUCAUAUUUAAAUUUACCAGAACAACUCUAUGCCUCUUGUUCCUACCAGGUAAACACAUGACCACUUUAUUUGUUGUCAGCAUUGCCUGGAUCACUGUCCCCUAUCACUCAGACCGCGUGGCCUAAUGGAUAAGGCGUCUGACUUCGAAUCAGAAGAUUGAGGGUUCGAGUCCCUUCGUGGUCGUCUUUUGCGAAUUUCCCCGCCUGGAACUAAUAAAUGAAUAUCUUAUCUUAUCUUAUCACAUUUAUUUGGGUAGAGAAAUUACAUAAGAAUUGUGGACAAAUUGCACCAUCUUGUGACAAGUUUGCAUACUUGCACAGGAUUCAAAGCUGAGACAUGAUCCACGACUCAGUUUUACUGUCUUGAAUGUUCUAAGACAUGUUAUGUUUUUAAUGUGAUAGCUAAACUAACAUUGGGGAGAGCAUUCAUUGAUUAUCCCUCUAUAUGUUGUUAUUUUGCACCAAUCAUUGGAGUUGGCUUCUAAUCGAAACCUGGAAAAUAAGUAUGGCUUAUCCUCCCAUAAAAGAAAGCAAGCUGACUGUUUGAAUAUCUAGUUCCUAAUUUUUCUUAUUUUUUUUAACAGUUUUUGUAUUUUACUUGAAUAACCUCUCCCUGUUCUGUCCUGAAGGGUGACUAAGGUUUUUGCAAUGAAUGAAAAUAUCCACAGACUUCCUGCAAACCUAUGACAGCGGUCAAGGGUUGAGUGUCAUGGUGAGGUUGCGUGACUGUGUGUUAGAUAACACUGCUAUCUCUGGUUACUCCACAUGGUAUUUGGUUUCACUAUAUGGCUGUCUGCUGCUGCAUUUGAAAGUAUGACUGUGCACAAAUGUUCAUUUUUAUGGUUUUAUA